CGCAGAGAGACAGUUUCAAUUUGAUUGAGAUAGUGCUCACACCAGCAGCAUCACAGAGAGCUUCGUUUUCGUGUCUUUCGUUUCACAGAACGACAACCGGUGACGAAAAAAAAGCAAAUGAAUCACGGAAAGCGACUAUAUAACGUUAACGGGAGCGGUGGGAAGAAGGAGAAGAGUCCGCCGGAAUGACCCCUCACAAAGAGACGCGUCACCUCGAGCUGCGCUCGUGAAGCUUGUCAAGCGGAUUCAAAGGGGCGCGCGAUCCAGCGGCUCUCGCGCACAAACAGUCGUCAAUCAUGCCGGUGCGACGGGGUCACGUCGCUCCGCAGAACACGUUUCUCGGUAUUAUUAUUCGCAAAUUCGAGGGUCAAAACAAGAGAUUUGUCAUAGCCAAUGCACGCGUCCAGAACUGUGCCAUCAUCUAUUGUAAUGAUGCCUUCUGUGAGAUGACAGGGUUUUCUCGACCAGACAUCAUGCAGAAGCCGUGCACCUGUGACUUUCUGCAUGGGCAGCUGACCAAGCGGCAUGCCAUCGCACAGGUAGCACAGGCUCUGCUCGGUUCAGAGGAACGUAAAGUGGAGAUCACUUACUAUCAUAAGAACGGAUCAGACUUCCAGUGUACAACACACAUCAUUCCUGUGAAGAACCAGGAGGGCGUGGUCAUGAUGUUCAUCUUGAGCUUUGACUAUUUGUUGAAGGAGGGCAGCAUGGAUUCAUUAGACCGACUCAACCACACCUCUCCAGCUAAACAAGAACAAAAAAAAGGACGUUUCUUCCGUUUUUGUCUGCCUGCGCCACUGAGCAUGCUGGGUGUAAGUAAGCAAUCUCUUCCUCAGGAGGACCCAGAUGAGGUGACCAUCCAUUCUGUCAAUCAGAAUGAGAAACAUUCGUCCUGCUCGUCAUCUCUCUCUCUUUCCCUCUCUCCACGUGAACUCCACCCCCCCACCGGUGAGAGCUGUAGCCCCUCCUACAGAAAUGACACACAGGCUCUGAUUGGUCAGAGUUAUUUGGGGUCAUGUUCACCAAUCUCAGGGCCACAGGAUCACUCGUCUCCACGGGGCCCCUGGGAACGGGUGGACCCUCAAGAGCCUAUGGGGACUGCAUCCAAUAGGGCAUCGCGGGUCAGUAUGUGUACAUUUAGAAGAGUGUCAUCUACACAAGAUUUUGAAGGACUCAGCACACGUACACAGAGGACGUACCGUGAACGCCAUGCUAGUGAAGGUCCAUUUAAUCAGAUAAAAUCCAGCCUGUUGGGAUCCACAUCUGACUCGAACCUAACCAAGUACAGCACCAUCAACAAAAUCCCGCUCAUCACUCUGAACUUCUCAGAGACCAACAACGACAAGCGAGCGUCAUCUCCACAUUCCUCAGAGAAAACAAUCAUCGCAUCAAAGGUCAAAGAUCGCACUCAUAACGUCACGGAGAAGGUCACACAGGUUUUGUCACUAGGCGCCGACGUGCUUCCAGAGUACAAGCUUCAGACACCCCGAAUGAACAAGUUCACCAUUCUACAUUACAGUCCCUUCAAGGCUGUCUGGGAUUGGCUGAUUCUGCUGCUUGUCAUCUACACAGCCAUUUUCACACCCUACAGUGCAGCCUUUCUACUCAACGACCUGGAGGAACGGAAGAGGCGUGAGUGUGGUUACUCCUGCAGUCCUCUCAACGUUGUGGACCUCAUAGUGGACAUUAUGUUUAUUGUAGAUAUUCUAAUAAACUUCCGGACUACGUACGUCAACAUCAAUGAAGAGGUGGUUAGCCAUCCAGCUAGAAUAGCAGUGCAUUACUUCAAAGGCUGGUUCCUCAUAGACAUGGUGGCGGCCAUCCCCUUUGAUCUUCUCAUAUUUGGGUCAGGGUCAGAAGAGACCACAACUCUGAUUGGCCUGCUGAAGACUGCCCGACUGCUGCGAUUGGUCCGUGUGGCACGGAAGUUAGAUCGUUACUCAGAGUAUGGGGCAGCUGUCCUCAUGCUCCUCAUGUGUAUUUUUGCACUGAUUGCUCAUUGGCUGGCUUGCAUAUGGUAUGCAAUCGGUAACAUGGAAAAGCCCUAUCUUGAGCAAACGAUUGGCUGGUUGGAUAAUCUAGGCAUGUCCAUUGGAAAGCAGUACAACUACAGUGAUCCCGCCUCUGGUCCGUCAAUCAAGGACAAGUAUGUGACAGCACUGUAUUUCACAUUCAGCAGUCUGACCAGCGUGGGCUUUGGGAACGUAUCACCAAACACCAACUCCGAGAAGAUCUUCUCCAUCUGUGUCAUGCUCAUUGGAUCUCUGAUGUAUGCUAGCAUCUUUGGGAAUGUGUCCGCUAUAAUCCAGCGGCUGUACUCCGGAACAGCUCGGUACCAUCUGCAGAUGCUUCGGGUCAAAGAAUUCAUCCGCUUCCACCAGAUCCCCAACCCGCUCAGACAAAGACUUGAGGAAUACUUCCAACACUCGUGGACCUACACCAACGGAAUCGACAUGAACAUGGAGGUACUGAAGGGUUUUCCAGAGUGCCUGCAGGCUGAUAUUUGUCUUCAUCUGAACAACAGUUUGCUCCAGAGCUGUAAGGCGUUCCAUGGAGCGACCAACGGAUGUCUACGGGCACUGGCAAUGCGCUUCAAGACCACCCACUCACCACCAGGUGAUACGCUGGUGCAUUGCGGGGAUGUUCUCACGGCCCUCUACUUUCUUGCCAGGGGAUCCAUCGAGAUUCUCAGGGAUGACACCGUGGUGGCUAUACUGGGUAAGAAUGAUAUUUUUGGAGAGAUGAUUCAUCUGUAUGCCAAGCCGGGGAAAGCCAACGCAGAUGUUCGAGCGCUGAGCUACUGCGACCUGCACACCAUCCACAGAGAGGAUCUUCUGGAGGUUCUAGACAUGUAUCCUGAGUUUUCCGACUACUUCCUGUCCAAUCUGGAGCUCACGUUCAACCUGCGAGAUGAGAACACCAAGGGUGCCACGGGUCCUCAGAGGAACCUCUACACAGCAGUGAGUGACUCAGAAGACACAGAAGAGCCAGACGUCAAGACUAAACUCUGCUUUAAGAUAAAACACUUUGAAGGUACUCCGAACAGACCGAGGAGGCCAGACAGGGAAAGGGGGAGAGAGCUAGAGCGAGAGAUUCAUACACCACCGGGAGAGGAGGAGGAGGAAGAAGAGGAGGGUGAGGAAGAGACAGCGAGGCCACUGGGUUUGGGGGUUCUGGAUCAAUCCUUUCCUGUCAACCUGAACACCAUCCCUAACACAUACACUAAAGAUUGUGCUGAAAACAAUCUGUUUCACAAAGACGUGUGUGUUGAAGAAUGGCCUUUUGGGAAUGCAGAUGACUCAGCGAAAUGUCAAGACAGAGAGGGAGGCGAUGACUGUGAAAGUGAUAUCACAUUUGGGGAAAUGGAACAAAGACUGGAUCUACUGCAGGAACACCUUAGCAGACUGGAAGCUCAGAUGACAUCAGACAUCCAGUCUAUUUUGCUGUUGCUCCAGAGGCAGAGUACUCUGGGACCUCCAGCGUACAGCACUGUGGCUGUCAGCCCAGGGUACCACAAACCAGUCCAGCCAGUCACUGCCAUACAGACACAGAGUCCUGAUCAGGAGAAGGCCUGCAGCAAAGCCAAAGACUCAUUGCCUGCUGUUACCAAGGAGAUGACCUACGAUGUCAGCACAACUACCCCACUGGUGACAGACCAAGAGUGGGGGGCAGAGCUAGUGCUGAAGCCAAUGGAAAAUGUGCCCUUGGCAUCACAGCAGCCAAGAUCUCUUCAGCUGUCCAACAGACAAGCAUCCCUCCCAGAUUCGCCACCUGGCAGCGGCACGUCAGUGCUCCACAGGCCCUCCUCUGAUCCUGGACUUCCAGGGCAGUAACAUACAAUCAAAUAUGAUAGUUUUAAUAUAUUACAAACUGAUAGUAAAGCAAAAUAUAAAUUCCAAUAAAGGUAGAAUUCUUAGGGGAAAAUAAGACAAAUUUUGAAAGGAUAGUUCACCCAAAAAUUACAAUUCUGUUAUCAUUUGCUCACCCUUGUGUUGUUCCAAACCCAUAGACUUUCUAGGAAGAAUGUUAGCCUCAGUCAGCAUUCAUUUUCAUUGUAUUGGGGAAUAAAACACAAUAAAAGUGAAUGGUGACUGAGGUUGUUGUUCUGCCCAACAUCUGUGUUCAUUGGAAGAAAGAAAGAAGAGGGUAAAUGAGUAAAUGAUGACAAUUUUUAUUUUGGGCUGAACCUAUCUCUUAAAUAAUUUCUAAUUAUUGUGAGCUUUGAAUGAUUAUAAUCUGCAUUAUAAGUAAGAAGGCCUUAUAGAGAAGGGGCUUCCUCCUGUUGGCUUCUAAUGUGUAACUAUGCAUAGAUGGAAAAAAAUCUACAGUAAGCUCAACCUCCUCCCUUCACAAUAACAGCUCAGGGUAGAGACUGCAAAACAAAACAAAAGUCUUAUGCAAAGAACUUGAAAAUUACCAUCCAUGUCCCAUAUAUUAAUCAAAUAUAGUAGUGAAACAAAAGCAGGAAAACAGAGGCAUUAGCAUGAACUCUGUAGGAAUCUAUUUAAAGGUUAUUUUAUGUGUAUUUGUUUAAUAUAAUAUGUAAAUGGACGAAGCAAUCAUGAUAAUGAAAGAUGCAUGCGAGGGGAAAAAAUUGCAGUGUUCAUUUUUUUGCAUGUUUCUUAAAAGACACUGGAAAUCAAAUGCAAUGAGCUCAUAUUUUGUCCCUAUAUCUACUAUUUGAGAUUUAUAUACGUAAUGUACUUAUUUACUUAACUAUGAAUUUCCUGUUACUCAGGAAGAAUCUUUACUUGAACUGAACUGCAAAGCAAAGCCUCAUCAUUAAAACAGGUCAUCGUCUCAGAAUAUCACAUUAUUCUAACCCAUAUCAGCCAUUCACAGGUUAGUACAUUCAACAACACAUUGUCCCUUCAGAGUCAAGUAAGCAUUUGAACUGUCAGUAUUGUGAUAUUAUCUCAGUAUUGAAUUUGACAAAACGUUAUUCCAAGUGAAUUGCUCAUAUGAUCAACUUACAGUUUUUUGACCCUCAGAAUGCCUUGUACAUUUUGUGUUUUAGAUGCCUUUUCUCGUUUCUUUCUAUGAUGCAAUGUCAUUUUAGGACAAAACACCACCUGCAUGAUAUGCUGGUUCUUAUACUCUCCAGUUGUAGCAGUGUAAUCUAUUUUUAGCUGUAUGUGAUCCGAGAGAUGCAGGUGAAGGUAAAACCCCCAACCUUUAGCGGUUGUAGCAGCUGUGCUACCUGGCCGGUAACACUUUAUUUUGAUGGUCCCAAGUAGAUAUUUAACUGCCUAUAAGUGACUAUUUAACUGACUACAAGUGGCUUAUCAACUGGCUUGCUAUAGCUAGUAAACAGUGUUUCAACAAACAUUCAGUAGACUAUCAAUAGCCUGUAUAACAGCAGUAAAAUACCAGCUUAUCGAUUGAUUUGCUAUAGCUAGUAAGGAUGCACCAAUCCGAUACCUGGAUCGGUAUCGGCUCCGAUACUGAAGCUUUUAGGCGGAUCGGGAAUCUGACUGACGAGCCCGAUCCAAAUCCGAUACUCUGUGUUAGUCAUGAGAAGUUCAUAUGACUCUGAGGAAGCCAGAGGGUUUUAAAUUUAAAGGUGCACGAUUGAGAUAUAUUAUUUAUAUAUUACUAUUAUAAUAUAUUAUUAUUAUCAUUAGUUUACAAAUGAUAAUAAUAUUUAAGAUGAUUGGGUCCCAAAAAAUAACUGUUUGAGUGAAAAGUGAGCUGAUAUCUUAUAACUAAAUUGAACAAAAAAGAAAUCUGAAUCCUUAAAAUCCAGAUACUACUGAUGACUUAUACUGGAAUUACUGAUCAUUUUGCUGCUACAUUUUCCAGUAUACUAGUUAGAAGUAUUUCUUAAUAAGCUAUACAUUUAUAUUGAAAUAAUAAUAAUAAUAAAUAUAUUCUAAACUGAUUAUGCAAAAAACAACACUGGUACUGAGAUUUUCGAUAUUGAAUCGGAUCGAAAGAGAAAAAGUAGUAUUGGUGCAUCAUUAAUAGCUAGUAAACAGUGUUUCAACAAACAGUCAGUAGACUUUCAGUAGCCUGUAUAUAAAUCUCUAUUAAUGACCUUUUAAUGAACUGAUGUUCUCAACAAUAAUGUAAGUAGGUCAUUAAUAGAUAUCUAUUUACAGGCUACUAAAAGUCUACUGACUGUUUGUUGAAACACUGUUUACUAGCUAUAGCAAACCAGUUACUUAUAGUCAGUGAAAUAUCUACUUGGGACAUUCAAAUAAAGUGUUACCCCCUGGCCUUGCAAAAACACAAAAUUUAACACAAUCCAUAAACACGCACACUCUUAGUUUUCCAGUAUAACAUGACAGGAGUUCAUGUGUAUGAGGUCUGCAUGUUUUAACCAAAGUUAGUUAGAAGUAUUAAUAAUUGAAUCCACAACACACUGUCUUCCUAGUAUCAGAUAAAAUAAAAUAAAAAAGACAAAAAAUAGUGCAGAAAAAUGUAUGCAUUUCUUAAUUUACUAGUUUAUUCUCUUAGGGCCACCAGAUUUAGGGCAUGAAAAUAAAUCCGAUUGGGAGGCUGGAACCUGGAGGCGGAGCAUUGCGACAUAUCAAUGUAUUUGACAGAGCUCUAUAUUCUCACACUGUAGCAUAGCCUGGCAGGGCAUUAGCUGUGAUCACAGCAUGCUUUGACCUAACAGUUUCCUGUGAUAUGGUCCAAAUCAUGUCUCAUGUUUCAGUAAGUUGGCCGAAGCAGGAUUGCCUUUGGGGUGCUUCUGGGAUGUGGCCAGGACACAUGCUAGUGUGAGAAGAGAGCAAGAGAGGGAUACGAUUCUAUUGCGAUCUUUUGCACAAACACUUUAAAACAUCUUUUUAAAACUAGUGCUGUUCACAGAAUUGUUUUUAAGCAUUUUUUAAAAUGUUUGACACUGUAUUUUAUAUAAUGCAGCCCAUAACAGCAGGUUAGAAUGUUUUCUUCCUUGGGUAUAUUGGUAUGUAUUAUAUUUAUGAUGUAUACUGUGAAUAUUACAAGAGUUAAAUUCAACGCAUAACUGUGUAAAUUAAUAAAGGACAGAA